AUGCCAGCCCGGUCUCUGCUACUUCAAGACACGGCCGACAUCACCAGACACAUUAUGGAGCAGACUGGAAACAAAAACUUAGGGCACAGGACUUAUGUUGCCAAACUUGUGAGGGAGAAAACUUCCAGAAGAAAAUUCUUGGGCAGAAAACUUGGUGGCAACAAUAUUUCAGACACGAGAAAUAUAAACAAGAAACUAUCAUCGCUACAGCUGUAUCGGAAAUACAUCGCUUUUAGGGGCCGACACCAAGAAGAACCGACGCCAAGAAGGGCCGACGCCAAGAAGAACCGACACCAAGAAGAACCGACACCAAGAAGAACCGACACCAAGAAGAACCGACACCAAGAAGGGCCGACACCAAGAAGAACCGACACCAAGAAGAACCGACACCAAGAAGAACCGACACCAAGAAGAACCGACACCAAGAAGAACCGACACCAAGAAGGGUCGACACCAAGAAGAACCGACACCAAGAAGAACCGACACCAAGAAGAACCGACACCAAGAAGAACCGACACCAAGAAGAACCGACACCAAGAAGAACCGACACCAAGAAGAACCGACACCAAGAAGAACCGACACCAAGAAGGGCCGACACCAAGAAGAACCGACACCAAGAAGAACCGACACCAAGAAGAACCGACACCAAGAAGAACCGACACCAAGAAGAACCGACGCCAAGAAGAACCGACACCAAGAAGAACCGACACCAAGAAGAACCGACACCAAGAAGGGUCGACACCAAGAAGAACUGACGCCAAGAAGAACCGACACCAAGAAGAACCGACACCAAGAGGGGCCGACACCAAGAAGAACCGACGCCAAGAAGGGCCGACGCCAAGAAGAACCGACACCAAGAAGAACCGACACCACUAA